GGUGGCUCCUAGUUCUCUGAGAGUGGGAUGGGCAAGGGUGGGCUGGCUUUCCCUCCCUCUCCUCCUCCUCACCCCAGAGAAAAUGACCUUACUGUGGGGCUCUUUGCUGCCUGAGCAAACACAGGGCCUCAGACCAAAUAUGUAGAAAGUAAUGCAUGGAAUCCAUGGUCCCAGAGGUAGGUGGUACCGGCUGACCUGAAAAAGGCAGUCUCAGGUCACCUAGCAUCCAGCUCGGCCUCCCUGGAAGCUGUGUACAGUGGAGCAGCCGUAUUGGCUCUCUGGUUUCCAGCAUCUUCUGCUGGAAGUGGGAGGUAUUUGAGCUAUACCUGGUAUUGGGGGGUGCUGUUAAAGAACAGCUGGUUCUCCUCCAAAGGGGUUUUGUGGGGCUGACCCUGUCCCCCGCUGAGCUCCUUCUGCAAUGCAGAUGCUCUUAAUUGGGUGACUGUUGGCUUCAGCCACUUUUUUUUUCCUUCUUUUUUUUUUUUUUUUUUUUUUUUGGUGGUACUGGGGGUUGAACCCACAGCCUUUGCCCUAAGCUGCACCCCUAGUCCUCUGUAAUUGUUACUUGCAGACAGGAUCUCACUUUGUUGCCCAAGCUGGCCUUAAACGUUGCAUCUCAUGCCUUGGCCUCCCAGCCCACUGAGAUUGCAGGGGUGCUGGUGUGGCCACAUCUAAAGUGAUGCCUCCUGCUGUCCCUGAGCAAGCCAACAGGAGAGGAAAGAUGUGGGGAGGGGAGAACACUGUCCCACAGCAGUGCAAAGCCAGGAGACCUGACAGCCCUGUCUUUCCAGGGUUUCACGUGCCUGUCUUUGAACUUGAGGGUCCCUGAGUCGAGUUUUGCUUUAUGCAUUUGGGACUUGCUCCCUGGUGUCUGGCAUAUGGGUGGUCACAGUAGUGGCCCUGAUUUUUGGGUGAGCAUAGCUUUUUCAGGAUUAUAAGUGAAAAUUAGAGCAUUGUUAGCUGAGAAGACUAUUUACAGGUUAUGUGUUCAAUUACAAAACCGGCCCCACAUCGAGCACCAUGACCAUUUGUUUCUGAAAACGGAGUCACAGUGACUGCUCGCUGAGCACUGCUCUGAGCACAGCUCCAUCCUCGGGGUUUUACAUGUGUUUUUCCCCUUGCUCAUGGCAGCCCUGAGAAGCGGCUGGUUAUUCCAGUUUCACAGGCUCAGAGAGGCCAUGGGACUUCCCCAGAGCCCCUGAGCUGAAGACAACAGACAGGAGAGUCAGACCUACAUCUGCUGUGCCCUCUCAGGCCUCUGCCUGGACACCGUGGCCCAGAGACUGUGAUGGAAGCCUAAGGGAUCUCACAGAAUGCAUGCCAUUAUAGCUCUGUGGGAGGCUGAGGCACGAGGAUCUCAAACUUGAGGCCAUACUGGGCAAUUUAAUGAGACUCUGUCUCAAAAUAAAUUUUAUUUUAUUUUAUUUUAUUUUAUUUUAUUUAUUUAUUUUGGUACCCAGGGAUUGAACUUGUGACCUUGUACUUGCUGGGUUGGCACUUGUGCUGCUGAGCUAAAUCCCUGGCCCUCAAAAUAAAUUUUUUAAAAAUUGAGAGAAAGAUAGCUCAGGAAUAGAGUACCCCCCUGGUAUGCAAAAGGUCCUGAGUUCAAUAUCCAAUACCAGCAAAACAAAACAAAACAAAACAAAAAAACACUGCAUAAAUGCUGAAUAUGAAAGGCAAGAAGCCAGCAAGGGAAUGGCUGGGUUACCAGCUCCAGGCCUGAGUUCCGGGUAACUGCCUGCCGUGGCAGACAUACUCUGUGCUGUUAGCAGACAAGGCUCUGUUUUCUUGUCUGAUUAAUGGGAGCACUGACACCGAGCUACUCACCUGCUCAGGUGAGGCCCUCAGAAAGAAACGCAAAGCCCCUGACUGUCAAUGACUUCCUCCCAGAUAAGGAGCACAGUGGUCACUCACAGCUACAGUUGAGGGGCUUGCUCUGAAGUUUCCCUGGGCCACGACUGCAUGCAGCGAUGCAAGAGUCACCUACCAACCUGUCCCAGACCCAGAGGGAGGGUUGGCACCCUUUAGGCCCUGGUUGCUGGUAGAGAGCUGCAUGCUCUUACCUGCUCCUCACAAGGAGCAAUUGCAUACCCUUCCUUACAGCUAGGGCCCUGCCUGAAGUCUGUGAAAGGGUCCUUUGAUUGAGGAGACUUUGUCCUAGAGUCCCAGAAGGCAAGUUUGCAGCACCCUGGGCUGGAGGGGAGUAGGGCAGGGGAUCCCUGGGCCCCACCCUGUGUGCUACCCUGCAGAAGCCCUGCAUUCAUCUCUGUGGUCUCCUCCCUGAGGUCUCAUGCCAACAGAGGUAAGCCCCCCAAUUUGCUGUCACCUGCAGAGCCAGCCCCUGCCUCCUGGCUGAAAAGCCAUCCCUAGCAGCCUGGAUUAAUCCACAGAAUCUCUUGCUAAAGCAGACUUUAUAAGUAUGUUGGGCGCCACUCCCUUUUUCAUGGCUGUAUUUUAUCUAAAUUAUGGCCUCCUCUUCCCUAAACAAUAAAGCCAGGAAGGUUUACAGGGACGCGUCCACUGCAUGCAUGCGUGCAUCUCCCCAUUCAUCUGUUCCCAGAGCUCCUCUAAUCUAAUGGAGGCGCUGUUGGUGGUGCUGGCCCACCUUUGGGAGGGAGGUUGUAGCUGAGCUUCUGGGGUUACUAGAUUGUCCUCUCCCUCUGGCAGCCCCGGUAGCUUUAGAAGACAGGUAGAUAGAGGAGUCUGAUCAUUGUUCCCAGGCUUCUAAAGGAGCUGCAGGGAUUGUUGGUCACCUCUCCCACUAAAGUCCUUAAACCAUAACCAGGGUGAUUUCACAGAUCAGAGGGUGACUUUAUCAUACUGAGCAGGAUUAGUGCCUCAGACUCAAAGCCACGCCCAGGGACUCCAGUUUGGCCCCUCAACUAUGUCCUCAAAGCCUCUACAGAUGGUUAAGCUCUCCUUUGCUGAAGGGCUUUGGGGCCGUUUCUUUCUGGGUGGCCUUAGGCAGGAGUAAACUUGUUACUUGACAUUCUCUGUAUCUGCUCAGGCCACUCCUGUCCCACACACAUGUCCUGAUCAUAGGUUCAUUCAGCAUUACUUGGACUCCUACUGUGAGCCAGGCUGGCCUGGGCCAAGCACUGGCAUCUCCCAUUACCGCUGCACUCCAAGCUGGAAACUCAUGUGGGUGUAAGUUGUUUUGUUUUGUGUCAUUCACAAGGAGUGGGACUGUAGCACAGAUAAUUCUCUGUUUCGUCAGAUAAUUCCGGGAGUGGUUUUGCUAACUGUUCAAGCCUAUGGGCUUUGGGCCUCUGCUUGCCUCUCCAGAGGAGAGGAGAACUGGUUUGCUUUGACCGACAGGUAUGGGGGGAUAAGCACCAGCCCUGCUGUUUAGGCCAGGUCCCCGGCGGCAGGCAGGCAGGCAGGGUAGAGCUCUGGCAGCUCUGAAUUAUUUUUACAACUGGGUUGGCCUCCCUUUUGCCUUUGUGUCUUGUUCUUCCCCUUUAUUAAGAUGAAAGAAGUUUAGAUCUUUGUAGACUGUGUGUGUGUGUGUGUGUGUGUGUGUGUGUGUGUAAGGAAGGUCCCUUCCUCUCCACCCCUCACCCCUCCCCAGUCCAGCUGAGCCCAGGCUUUGUAUCAGGUACGCCUCAGCCUCAGGGACCCAGCCAGAGAGCUGUGGGAAGAACAGGCUGGGAUUUGCCGAGGCCAGGAUGUGGGGAAAGCUAUGGCGGUGACCAUGGCAUUCUUCCGGGUGUGUCUGGUGGUGGUGACAGCCAUCGUCAACCACCCGCUGUUGUUCCCAAGGGAAAACACCACUGUCCCUGAGAACGAGGAGGAGAUCAUCCGCAAGAUGCAGGCCCACCAGGAAAAGCUGCAGCUGGAGCAGCUUCGCCUGGAGGAGGAAGUGGCACGGCUGGCAGCUGAGAAGGAGGCUGAGGAGCAGGUGGCAGAGGAGGAUCAGCAGCAGACUGAGGCCUACAACGCCUGGGACCUCUGGAGUACUCUCUGCAUGAUCCUGUUCCUUAUCAUAGAGGUGUGGCGGCAGGACCACCAGGAUAUGCCCUUACUUGAGUGCCCCGGCGGGGAUGAAGAUGAAUUGCCAGGGCUGGGCGGUGCCCCACUUCGGGGCCUCGCCCUGCCCAGUAAGGCCACGCUCAGCCGCUUUUAUGACCACUGCAUCCGGGCCGCCACUGUGGAUGCUGCCCGCACCAGGGAGUUCGUGGAAGGCUUCGUGGACGACCUGCUAGAAGCCCUGCGGAGCCUCUGCAACAGAGACACAGACAUGGAGGUGGAGGACUUCAUUGGCGUGGACAGCAUGUACGAGAACUGGCAGGCAGACCGUCCACUGCAGUGCCGCCUCUUCGUGCCCUUCACCCCCCCUGAGCCCUACCGCUUCCACCCAGAGCUCUGGUGCUGCGGCCGCCCUGUGACCCUGGACCGCCAGGGCUAUGGCCAGGUCAAGGUGGGCCAGGCUGGAGGGGAUGCAUUGGGCUGUAUCUGUGGCAAGACCAAGCUCGGGGAAGAUAUGCUGUGUCUGCUCCAUGGCCGGAGCACCGGGGCGCGGCCCAGCUUCGAAAUGGAGAAUCUGCUGUGUGCUCGAGAGUCCCCAUACCUAGAUGCCAUGCAGGUCAUGAAAUGGUUCCAGACAGCCCUCACCAGAGCCUGGCACCGUAUCGCCCACAAGUACGAGUUUGACCUGGCUUUUGAUGAGCUGGACUCGCCGGGGUCCCUCAAGAUCAAGUUCCGCUCGGGGAAGAGCAUGCCCUUCAAUCUGAUGCCUGUGAUCCAGUGUGAUGACUCAGAUCUGUACUUUGUCUCCCACCUAUCCGGGGAGCCCUCUGUGGGUGGCCCGGCCUCCAGUACCGACUGGCUCCUGUCCUUUGCAGUCUAUGAGCGGCAGUUCCUCAGGAUGACAUCUAAGACGCUGCCCGAGGGUGCCUGCCACCUCAGCUGCUUGCAGAUAGCCUCCUUCCUGCUCUCCAAGCAGCGCCGCCUGACGGGCCCCAGCGGGCUGGGCCGCUACCACCUGAAGACAGCCCUGCUGCACCUCCUGCUCCUGCGGCGGCCAGCUGCCUGGAAGGCCGAGCAGCUGGACGCGCGCCUGCACGAGCUGCUGCACUUCCUAGAGAAGAGCCUGCUCGAGAAAAAGCUCCAUCACUUCUUCGUAGGUAACCGCAAGGUGUCCGAGGCCAUGGGGCUUCCAGAGGCGGUGCGAGGGGCCGAGCCUCUCAACCUCUUCCGGCCCUUCGUCCUGCAGCGAAGUCUCUACCAGAAGACAGUAGACUCCUUCUAUGAGAUGCUGAAGAACGCCCCGACGCUCAUCAGGGAGUACUCCCUCCACGUCCCCUCUGACCAUGCCAGCCUGCCCCCUAAAACUGCCUUGUAGAGCAUGUGGGACCUGAGGCCCAGGAAGGAGGGCAUCCUACACAACCACCCCACUGGGGCUCUACAGCCCCUUUCUUGGUGGGGAGCAGAGAGGCUCUGCCUACCGGGAAGGCGGGACCUACAGAGCAGAGGCCGGAAUUCCCACUGGAUGUGGGCUUGCUUUCCUGACCGAGGGCUCUGGCGUAGGUAGGCUGGUGUGGAGCUGGAGGCCUGGUUUUUGGAUCACCACACAUGGCCAAGACAGUGACAAGGCGCUCAGUGGACACCGAGUUGGAGAGAAUGACACCUCCGAUUUAGAUGUAAUCCUUUUGCAUCCCAGGUCUAAUCUGUGCUUCAUAUCAACAGUAAAUCUAUGGAGAUGCUGCUGCCAGGGACCCUAUGCUAUGACCCAGAAGCCUGCUCCCAGGGAUCCUGGGCCCCAGCUGUCGGUAGCCAGAGCACAAAUAGUGGCAGCUGUGGGAAUUCAUGGCUUUUGACCACACUCUGCACAGCAGUGGAGGUUGCAUGGUGGUGGCACUUUCUUAUGCUGUUUGGGGAGAUGAGCCAGUAGAUUCGAGGCCCCAAGUGGCUAAUGUGCAUUUGCAGGUGGAGUGUAUAGUGCUGGCCAUGGCCUCUCAGGUGCACCCCUGCCUUUCUCUGCCUCUUGGUUACUGUGCCAGGUACAGUUUCCAUGGUGGGUGCCAGCUCAGUGCCUUGCCUCUCUGUUCUCUCGACAGCUGGUCCCUGCCAUCAGUGUGAUAGGAGGAAGGCAUGGGCAGGUAGUGAGAACUGAACUAGAGAAGGAGAACUGGUAACUGUGGCAGGGGACAGUGCCCAGACCCCAGCUCCGGCUUGCAGUCUGUGCCAGUCCGGAAAAGGUUGCAAAGCCCAGGCUUGAGGACCAGCUGCCAUGUAUGAGUUGUCCUCAGGGUCCCUGACCUAGGGGAGGCCAGGCUGAGAAGCUAGAGCUGCAGUAGAAGCAACUCACUGGCCCAAAGCCACUGUCCCUAUUACUCACUUAAGGGGACCUGCUCACUGCACUGCCCUCCCCCUCUAUGUGGGCCCUGCCUGCCCUGCAGAUGGUUUAGACCUGGAGGUCCCACUGGGGACUGGAGGCCCUCGGCAGGCCCAGAGCCUGGUACUCCUUAUUCUCCAGCGGGACUUCACUGGUCCUCUGGGAUUUCCUCUGAGCACCUGCCUGGAGAUCCUCACGCAAGGUGAGAGCAAGAGAGGAGGAGGGAUAAAGCUGUGCACCCCAGACAGCAGCUCCACCCGAAGGAAGGAGUUUCUCCCUAAUACGAGGCAUACGCUCACCUAGUGUCAGAGGGCCCAGAAGACAGGGCUGUCCACUGCUGGGGAGGUCACAGUAGGAGGGCCGGCUGCAGUCAGGGUUGGUCCUGCAGGAGCCUCUGAGGUGAGCAGGAAUGUCUGCCCCUCCCCAGGCUCACACCUACUUUCCCUAGCCCUCUUCCUGCGUGGGCAUGGCUCCUUAUUUAUUGUCACCUGUGCCUCUGCCCUUUGCUCCCUUCUCCUGUUGCACCUGUAGCAAACCCGGCAACCAAGACCCAACCUGCCGAAGCUGAGAUGGAGUAUGGGUCCCCCUAGGUUUCCCCUUGGCUUCCAGAGAAUGUUCCUCAGAACGAUACCUCUGUGCUCCUGGCCAGACACAGCUUGUGGGGAACAGGGCUAUUAGGCCUGCUUGGGAAGCAGAAAGCAGCGGGGCUGUGGGUAUUCCAAUCUGCCUUAUUUAUAUUAAAGGAAAAACAAAACUCUCAAAA